AUGGAUAGAAUCAGUGGGUUACCUAAUGAAUUACUAGUCAAGAUACUGUCCUUACUCCCGACAAAAGAAGUUGUAUCAACUAGUGUUUUGUCUAAACGAUGGGAGUUUCUUUGGAUGUGGGUUCCUAAACUCAAGUUCGUGAUGAAUCAUUUCAAACCAGAUCUUCCCAUUCGUGAUUUUAUCACCAAGAACCUGCCUUUACUUAAACCUCACGUUAUAGAAAGCUUUCAUCUCCAAUGUUUUACUACAUCAUUUCCACCUGAGGAUAUAAAGCUUUGGGUCGAUACUUCGAUUUCUCGCAAUGUUCUUGAGCUGAUCAUCGACUGUUGUGAUUUGUCAUACAUUGGCAAACCUGUUGCAUUAUUACCAAGUAGCUUGUACACUUGCAAUUCGCUUGUGACUUUGAAACUUACCUGUGAAAUUAUUGUGGAUGUUCCUCGAACGGUUUGUCUUCCUUCUUUGAAAACUCUGGAGCUUCAUUGUGUGGUGUACUCGAAUGAAGAUUCCCUUAAACUGCUUCUUUCGUAUUGUCCUGUUCUUGAAGAGUUGAUUAUUGAAAGAAAUAGACAUGACAAUGUGAAAACCUUAGUUGUUAUGGUUCCAUCUUUACUGAGACUAACUUUGCCUAUAGAUGGUGGAUAUUCAUGUGAUGGAUAUGUCAUAGUUACUCCUUCUUUGAAGUAUUUCGAAGUUCCGAGUCUUUAUGGAGAACGUUUCUCCUAUUUGAUUACGCAUAUGCCUAAGGUUGAAGAAGCAGAUCUCUUUGUUGAGCAAGAUGUUGAAAAGCUUUUCGAAUCAAUCACAUCUGUCAAGCGCCUUUCGUUAUCUGUACUACUUGACAUUGAAGACGAGAAUAUGUAUCAUUAUGGGAUUGUCUUCAAUCACCUUGAACAUCUGAAGCUAGAAAUAUACCGCGAUAAUUGGUCAAAGUUACUUGUACGGAUGCUCGAGGAUUCUCCUAAACUACGAGUCCUCAAGCUUCUAGUUAAUGGUGAUCCAGAGUAUGAUGAGGACUAUGAACAUGUUAGCUGGAAAUAUAACGAUGAGACCUCUGUUCCCAAAUGUUUGUUGGAUAGUCUUGAAAUUUUUGAGUUUGCUGGGUACACGGGAAGACCAGAAGAGAGGGAUUUCGUGAGUUAUAUCAUGAAACAUGCUUGUCAUCUGAAGUCUUCAUCGAUUUCGCGCUUAUCACGUUAUAUCCGAGAAUAGAAACUUGGAAAAUGAGCAUGGAGUUGUAGUAUCGAUCUCUGUAUUAUAG